CUGGCGGCGGUGGCGGAGGAGGAGGAAAAUGGCGCCGAGCUCGAAAUCGGAGAGGGGCGGCGGCGCGUCAGGAGGCAAGCGGGGCUCGGCGGAGUCCGGGCGCGGCGGGAGGCGGGAGCAUGUGGUGAGGCAGCUCGAACGCGUCAAGAUCAGUGGACAGCUCUCACCUCGCCUCUUCCGUAAGCUACCACCAAGAGUUUGUGUAUCCCUGAAGAGCAUUGUUGAUGAACAUUUCUUGUGUGCAGGGCACAUUUUCCUUGGCUUCUCUAAGUGUGGGAGAUACGUCUUGUCCUACACCAGCAGCAGUGGUGAUGAUGAUUUCUCCUUCUAUAUCUACCAUCUCUAUUGGUGGGAGUUCAAUGUCCACAGCAAACUAAAAAUGGUACGUCAGGUUCGAUUGUUCCAAGAUGAGGAAAUCUACAGUGACCUCUACUUGACUGUGUGUGAAUGGCCCAGUGACUCCUCCAAGGUCAUCGUUUUUGGUUUCAAUACCCGUUCAGCCAAUGGCUUGCUCAUGAACAUGAUGAUGAGUGAUGAAAACCAUCGUGAUAUCUACAUUAGUACAGUUGCUAUGCCUCCUCUUGUGCACUGUCCUAGCUGCAGGGACAUGGCCAUUGCACAUCCAGGUGAUCCAAAUGCCAAAUGUUUGCAGCAUGGGUUCAUGCUGCACACCAAGUACCAGGUGGUGUACCCUUUCCCCACAUUCCAGCCAGCAUUCCAGCUUAAGAAGGACCAAGUGGUGCUGCUUAAUACCAGCUAUUCUCUGGUAGCUUGUGCUGUUUCUGUGCACACAUCAGAUGACAGCAACUUUUGCCAAAUUCUUUAUGAUAGGAGUCGUCAGCCCUGGUCUCCUGUUGAAGUCAGCCACACAGCUCUCAUCUCACAGUGCCCUGCGGGCUUGGAAGAAGGGCUAGAAAGAGAGAACUGUUACUGUCAGGGUGGAGCUGCACUGCAGCAGCCCCUUGCCGUGCCUCCGCAGGACACAGGAAACCAUGUCUCCCCUGCUGUAGCUAUGGCAAAAGAGUUUGUUGCGGACAUCUUCCGGAGGGCCAAGGAAGCUAAAGGCACUGCCCCGAUGGAAGAGGAGGCAGGCAGUGGGCUUCAGUCCCUUCUUGACUCUGAUGGGGCCCUUGGCCAGGGCAGUUCAUCCUCUUGGGAUCUAGGGAAGAGAUUGGGGUCUUGCUUGCAUGGCAGUGGCACUUGUAGCUCCACAUCUCCUGGAACAGACAGCAUCUCUGAUGUGGAUGGAUCUCCCAAAGAUUCACCCACUGCCAGUGCUGAACUGGAAAACCAGCCAACAGAGCCAGGCUACGUGAACUAUACUAAACUGCGUUAUGUUAUGGAGCCCAGUGAUUCUUCUGAGGCAGAAGUUGAAUAUGAGGAUGAUAAGAUCUCCUUGCCAUUUGUUGUGACAGACCUGCAAGGAAGAAAUUUGAAGCUGCUGAAGGAGAAGGCUGUCUGCCAGGGCCAGUACUUAACAGUGGAGCAACUGACUUUAGAUUUUGAGUAUGUCAUUAACGAGGUGAUCCGGAACGAUGCCUCAUGGUCCAAGCAGUUUUGCUCCUUCAGUGACUAUGACAUCGUCAUUUUGGAGGUGUGUCCAGAAACCAACCAAGUUAUUAUCAAUAUCGGACUCCUGCUCCUAGCCUUUCCUUCUCCUGAUGAAGAGGGGCAGCUCAGGCCAAAGACAUAUCACACUAGUCUCAAAGUUGCAUGGGAUCUGAACACUGGUAUCUUUGUCACAGUCAGUGUGGGAGACCUCACAGAAGUCAAAGGGCAGACCAGUGGCAGUGUGUGGAGCUCCUACCGGAAAAGCUGUGUGGACAUGGUAAUGAAAUGGCUGGUGCCAGAGAGCAGUGGUCGUUAUGUCAACAGGAUGACUAACGAGGCCCUUCAUAAAGGCUGCUCCUUGAAAUUCCUUGCUGACAACGAGCGUUACACGUGGAUUGUCUUAUGAGGCCAGGUUCAGAAGCAAAGCUUACAUUAGUUCAUUUCCUGCCAUAACUGUGUGUCACAUUCAACUACCUCCCUUGUUAAAAGUUUUUAAUUUCCCUAUCCCUUUUGACUAGACAGUUGCCCCAAUGACCUUGAGUGCAUCUUAAUUGAUUUGUGGGUAGAACCACACCCUCUGCUUCAUUGUCUCUACAUGUUGGGGGGGGGGGGGAAUACAAGGCUGGUCCAGACGCUCUGAAAAGCCUGUCUCUCCUUGUAAGGUAGUCGUACUAGUUGGACUACACAGGCUCCAACAGAAAGCAGCUGCUUCUGUGCAGUUAUGUCCAUUUGUACUUGGUGAAACUGCAAGGGGACUCUUAAGAGGUGAGUCUUCUGCAAGGUUUGUCCUCCUCGGGCCUGGAAAACGAAAUGAUUCUGGGGCAAUGAUUGUUAAGGAGACCAAAACCAACUUCCCUGUUUUGAGUUUCAGUGUUUCAGGACCCCCAACCCCCAGUGGAUGGGGCCACAAAUGUGUUUUUCAUUCUUUUAAUUUGUCUCAAGCAGGCUUUCUCUUCCCUGCAAUAAACAUUUAAAUUUGA